ACGGUUGCAGAGCUCGACGAAAGUGCCUCAAGAUGUUGCCAACGCAGCAGUUGGCUCACCUGAGCAAGCUAAUCCAGAUUAUUGGUAAGUUUCAAAAACAAUUUGUUUUCUGUUUAGCUUUCUGCAGCUUUGCGCCUGCCACACACAGUUAGCCAGUACUUUGCGCCUCUCUCCUCGCUCCUCAUCGUGCACAACAGCACUCAUGCAACAGAGCUGCAGGAGGCUUACCUAACGGCCAUGCAGCUCUCUCUCCGGAAUCUCAGCCAGCCCCGGCUGCUGCAGUGGAUCGACGUGGCCCAGCUGCCCCUUGACGAGUCUCAGCCGGAUGCCUUAGAAUGGCAAGUGCUGCGCGCUGUCAAUGCUAGCGUGACCGAGGGCUUCAUCACUCUGCUGCCGGACACAAGGCAUUUCCUGCACGCGCGUUACUUUGCCACACGCAAUGCCAAUGUCAGGCUCAAGGACAAGCUCUAUCUGUUUCUCUGCGAACAGGAAGAACCACGGGAUCUCUUGAGCAUGGAAAUUUUGCAGUUCUACCCGCACCAUCUGAUGGUGCGGCCCGCAGAGCAAGCAAAUAAAGGAUGCGGCGAGGCAGACGUAGGUGGAUUUGUUUCUGGAGCUGGAGCUGGAGCUGGAGAGAGCGCAGUUUGCUUGCCACACCCAUACCGCGACAUCAAUUUGGAGCUGUGGACACAGAAGUUUGUCGGUGGCAGUGGAAAUUUGGAUGCUAUAUUCUUGGACGCAUUCUUGCCGAACGAAACUUUUGCCAACCGAGCCGAACUUUAUCCCAACAAACUGCUCAAUCUGCAGCGGCGCGCGCUACGCCUCGGCUCCAUUACUUAUGUGCCAUACACAGUUACUAAUUAUGUGGCAGCUGGUGUCGGCAAUGAGGAUCCAAUUAACCCGCACAGAGCCAAUCGGACAAUCGCCUACGACGGCUCCGAGGCGAACAUAAUGCGCUCCUUCUGUGAGGUGCACAACUGUCAUCUGCGCAUCGAGGCCUAUGGCGCCGACAACUGGGGCAGCAUCUAUGACAACGAGAGUGCCGAUGGCAUGCUGGGCGACCUCUAUAAGCAGCGCGUAGAACUGGCCAUAGGCUGCAUCUACAAUUGGUACGAUGGCAUCACGGAGACCUCGCAUGCCAUAGCUCGAUCGGCAGUGACCAUCCUUGGACCAGCUUCAGUACCCUUGCAGCCCUGGUGCACCGACAUUCUGCCCUUUAAUGGCGGCACCUGGUUCCUGCUGAUAUCCACGAUUGCCGUGUGCAGCCUGGUUCUGUAUGUUCUCCGAUACUCCAACUACAUUAUGAAGAAGCGCAAGGGAAAGGCUUCCUUCAUGCAUGGCGAAAAUGUGGAAAAGUCUCUGCUGGAUAUAUUUGCGCUCUUCAUACAGCAGCCAUCGGCGCCCCUGACCUUUGACCGCUUUGCCACCCGCUUCUUUCUGGCCACACUGCUGUGCGCAACGAUUACGCUGGAGAACAUUUACAGCGGGCAGUUGAAGUCGCUGCUGACGGUGCCGCUGUAUGCCGAUCCAGUGGACAGCAUUGAGAAGUGGGCGCAGGCGCAGUGGAAAUGGGCUGCGCCGUCCAUUAUCUGGGUGCACACAGUGGAGCAGUCGGACCUCCUAACGGAUCAGAUACUCGCGGAUAACUUCCAGGUGCGCGACUACACCUUCAUGUACAAUGCCAGCUUCAAGCCCAAUUAUGGACUGGGCAUUGAGCGCCUGGCAUCCGGGGCAUUCAACUUUGGCAACUACGUGACGCGCGAGGCUGUGGAGAAUCGCAUUGUCAUGCACGACGAUCUCUACUUUGACUGGACGCGCGCUGUCUCUAUCAGGGGCUGGUCGCUGAUGCCACUGUUAAACCGUCACAUUCGCGCCUGCCAGGAGUCGGGUCUCUACGUGCACUGGGAGCUGGAGAAUGUUGACAAGUAUUUGGAUAAAAAAACGGGCCAGGUGCUCUUCAAUCAGGCCAUUGGCUAUGUGCCCAAGAAAGUGCCCAAAGCCCUGGAGGUAGACGACAUAUCCGCUGCCCUGUUCGUGCUGGCCUUUGGCCACACCAUUGCCGGCUGUGCUCUGAUGCUGGAGCUGCUGCAUCAACGGCUGCUGCACAGGCGCAACUAAUUUGUGGUCUGCAGUUGGAGUUGGAGUUGGAGUUGGAACUGGAGUUGGAGCUGUAGUCUAAACUGUUCACUGAUUGUUUGCCCAGCGGCACACACGUGUCGUACACAUAUCAAACUGUACGCACACACACACACACACACACACACACACACAGACAGACACACCUGCACACACCUUCGCACUAACAAGCAAAAAUGUGUUAGCCAGACUGUGGUCCAAUUCGGUCGCCUCCUCUCCGCUCGAAGGACUAUCCAUUGGCAGGCAGGAGCUUAGGUCCAGCCGGGACAGCGGAUUCGCUCUGCUCACAAAUCCACAGGCAGGCGUAAUCGGGUUGCUUAUGCUGUUUCAGUUCCGCACGUUUGCGGAUAUGCAAACUGAAAAUGACUUUUGCCAGUGCCUGGUAAUUGGAAAACCGUUUAGAGCUACACACACACGCAGACGCACACACAUGUCUGGUCGUGUCGUGUGU